UUGCAAAAGCAAAAUUUGAAGGUAAUGCAAUCUAAUACACCUUGUACUUGUAGUUCUCUGUCGUUUUUAGGCCACACCACACAAUGUGCCGUUUGUCACACCUCUAAUGAUCCUGCAUGUAAUUGGCUUUGGUUUUGAUGUGCCUGUUUAACUUACAUAAAUGCAUUUGCUUUCUCAUAAUGAGUUCUCUGGCUACACAGUUCGCUUCAAGCAAAUUCCUAUUAAAUCUUAACAGUCUCAUAGUUGGGAACUAUUUCUUUCUUCCAGGAGCUACAAGACCUUCUGAUACAGAUCAUCCCUCCGCUUCUUCAACUGUGAUUAAAGCUGAUCGUGGAAAAAUUUUGCCUGGAAGUUGCUCUGCUGCAAGAACUGAAAGUGAUAUAUUGUCAUCCCCCCAUCUGAAAGCAUUCACAUUUACUGGGCUCAAAAAUGCUACAAGAAACUUUCGUUCAGAUAAUCUCAUUGGGGAAGGUGGGUUUGGUUAUGUUUACAAGGGGUGGAUGGAUGAGCAAACCCUUGCAGCUGCAAGGCCUGGAUGUGGAAUGGUUGUUGCUGUUAAGAAGCUUAAACCUGAAGGCUUUCAGGGUCAUAAGGAGUGGCUGAGUGAAGUUAAUUACCUCGGUCAGCUUCAUCAUCCAAAUCUGGUAAAACUUAUUGGAUAUUGCUCGGAAGAGGAAAAUAGGCUUUUGGUCUAUGAGUAUCUAUCUAAAGGCAGCUUGGAGAAUCAUCUUUUCAGAAGGGGUGCUCGACCACUUUCUUGGGCAAUAAGGAUCAGAGUUGCCAUAGAUGCUGCUAGAGGCCUUUCUUUCUUACAUGAAUCUGAACAACCAGUUAUAUACCGAGAUUUUAAGGCAUCAAAUAUCCUACUAGAUUCGGAAUUCAAUGCCAAACUUUCAGACUUUGGCUUGGCAAAAGCAGGCCCUACUGGUGAUCAUUCUCAUGUUUCUACUCAAGUCCUGGGUACUCGAGGAUAUGCUGCCCCUGAAUAUAUAGCUACAGGUUGGCUAACUGCAAGUUGUGAUGUCUAUAGCUUUGGGGUUGUGUUACUGGAACUGCUUUCAGGACGCCGUGUUGUUGAUAAAACAAAAGUUGGUGUGGAGGAGAAUCUAGUGGAUUGGGCAAAACCCUAUUUGGGUGAUAGGCGGAAGAUAUUCCGAAUUAUGGAUACCAAGUUAGAGGGUCAGUACCCCCAGAGAGCAGCUUAUACUGUUGCCCUCCUUGCAUUGCAGUGUAUAAGUGAAGCCAAGGUCCGACCACGAAUGGGUGAGGUUUUAACUGCCCUAGAACAGCUUCCUACCUUACCUUCCCUUGCUUCCACAAGAGAUGUUCAUGGCUCCUCCCACUCAGAGGCACAAACAGUGGCUAGUCCUAUAACAAGGACCCCAUUCAGAAAAAGUUACCCUACUUCACCUGCUAAUGUGACAUGCAGAGGCUCUUUACUGCCAUUUGAAAUGAAAUCUUCUGGCCAUGUGAAAUCCUUACAGGAACUGCAGCAAUUCGAAAUGAAAUCUCCCCGCCAUGUGAAAUCCCCUCAGGAACAAGUGUUAUCUGAAAUGAGAUCCCCUCACCAUGUGAAAUCUCCACAGGGACGAUGAGCCUGGUCCGGUUGUCGUUUCAUCUUAUUGUAUAUCCCCUUUCUCCU